GCGCCCUGCCAUUGGCCAGGGAGCGGCCAAUCGGUGCGGGCGCGACGCGACGCGAUGGCUGCCGGGCGGCUCUGGCUACUGCUCCCGCUGCUGCUGCUGCUCUGCGACGGGGCCCUUCCGCGGGGCCCUUCCGUGGGGCCGCGCUACUCGCCCGACUGGGCCAGCCUGGACGCGCGGCCGCUGCCGGGCUGGUUCGACGCCGCCAAGUUCGGGGUCUUCGUGCACUGGGGCGUCUUUUCGGUGCCGGCCUGGGGCUCCGAGUGGUUCUGGUGGCACUGGAAGGCCGAGCACCGGUCCGACUACGAGCGCUUCGUCAGCACGCGCUUCCCGCCGGGCACCACCUACGCCGACUUCGCCCCGCGCUUCUCCGCCGCCGACUUCCAGCCCGAGCAGUGGGCGCAGCUCUUCCAGGAGGCCGGUGCCAGGUAUGUAGUGUUUACCACUAAGCAUCAUGAGGGCUUCACCAACUGGGGGUCCAAAGCAUCCUGGAACUGGAAUUCAGUUGAUACCGGCCCCCACCGUGACUUGGUUGGUGAACUAGGAGAUGCUCUCCGAAAAAGAAACAUAUCCUAUGGACUGUAUCAUUCCCUUUUUGAAUGGUUUCAUCCACUGUAUUUACUGGACAAAAAAAAUGGCUUCAAGAGCCAGUUUUUUGUUGCUGGGAAAACUCUUCCAGAACUUUAUGAACUUGUUUUAAGGUACAAGCCGGAUAUUAUUUGGUCGGAUGGCGAUUGGGAAGCUCCGGAUACUUACUGGAACUCAACUUCUUUCCUUGCCUGGCUGUACAACGAUAGUCCAGUCAAGGAUACUGUGGUGGUGAAUGAUCGAUGGGGCUUCAAUUGUUCCUGCCACCAUGGGGGCUACUACAAUUGUCAGGAUAAGUUCAAGCCUGGCACUCUGCCAGACCACAAGUGGGAGAUGUGUACCUCUAUUGACGUCAGGUCAUGGGGUUACCGCAGCAACAUGCAAGUUUAUGAACUCAUGAGUGAAUUCACCAUUAUUAAGGAACUUGUGCAUACUGUCAGUUAUGGAGGAAAUUACCUUCUCAAUGUGGGGCCAACCAAAGAAGGAACGAUUGCUCCAAUUUUCCAAGAGAGGCUCUUGGCACUUGGGACCUGGCUGAAGAUUAAUGGGGAGGCCAUUUAUGAAUCAAAGCCAUGGCGGAUACAAAAGGAGAAUUGCAGUGACGAGAUAUGGUACACUUCGAAGGGGCCCGCAGUCUAUGCUAUUUUCUUGGUUUGGCCAAAAGACGACGUGCUGACCCUUUCAUCACCUGUUCUGUCUGCAAGCAUUCAAGUCAGUAUGUUGGGAUUCUUCAAGCCUUUAAAGUGGCAGUCAUCACCACAACAAGAAUUGCAAGUCUUGUUGCCCUCAGAAAAUCGUUGGCUUCUCCCAUUCCAGCAUGGCUGGACUAUUAAGCUACUUGGGGUAUCGUGAGGGCAAAUUUGGAAACAAAUCACAAAAUGUCUGUCCCUUUUAUCUCAUGAUUAAAGCUGGUGCUGAAACAGCGGUGGUUAGGGGGCUGAAAAGAACUGGAAGAAGAUGCACAUAAAGAACACGAGCUGCAGGUCAGUAAAUCUAAGCAUUUGCAUGCCGGCCAUUCCCGUGCAUUACAAUUCAAAGGGAUGGCUGUAAAUUGGACACCCAACUUGAGUUAAACUUGAUAUAAUACACAAAUCCAAAAUUGUGCAAUAAGUUGAAACAUCGCUUCCACGGGAAAAAGAUAUCUCAGGAAAAUUACAUUUUGUGGCACAAAACUACCUUUGGCUAUGGAAGAGGCCUCUGCUGCAAUUUUUCCCAGGAGCUGGCUUUGAAAUGCAAAUCUAUUUAGCUCAUUUUGGCCUGGAUGAAAAAAUUCUCUGGGGUUGCUUCAGAUGGUGACCUCAAAAGCCUCCACAGAAGUUCUGGUUGAGGCAGAACAGAGAAGCCUUGAAGCUGCGCUUAAAAAUAAGCAAGGUCCGAGGGGCAAGGGAACAUGUUAUGAUCCAGGAUUGCUAAUAACAAACCACUAAUAAUAGAUCCCAUUAUGGGGCAAUAGAGAAUGAUAUGCCAGGUGUACUGAAAUAGUGAAAUGACUUGAGGAGAAGAAAAACAAUGUCAUUCUUGGAAAGCAGAGGAAUUAUGACAUAUAAAUGUGUUUUCAGGAUUUCAGCAUUGGGCAAGAGAAAGGACUCUGCUGGAAUAGGAUCUAAGACUACUAUAUUUGUUUUCAUGAAAGUUGCAUUUAAAAAAAGAAUCCCUGUACUGAUUCCACCUACAGAGUACACAGAUCUGGUCUUUUCUUACCUUUGUGUGCAUCUUUGCAUCCAGGCGAGACUUGCUAGCUGAAAAGAUCCAGUUCAGACAACUGCAUAUUUGCUAGGUUCCUUUCAGCCAUGUGCUUCAUCUGCUUUCUGUAUCUUUCUGCAAGCCCAAUUAUGACAAAAUCAACUUGCCUCGUGAGCUGCUCAUUCAAUUUUCCUUUGCUACCACCUUCCCUUCUGAUUUUUUUAUAGACAAACAAGAUAGGAGAGGAGACACUUCUGUUCCAUUCCUCAAGGAUGGUUCUGGCUCUCCAAAUACAAGCCAGUCAUAUCCUGGCUCAGGAAAGAAAAAGUUUUCAGUCACAAAAUCAAGCAGUGGAAUCUAAACUAACAUUUCUCAGUAUAGACACUCUAAGAGGAGAGCUGUUAAGCAAAAAAUCAGCAGCCUGAUAGCACCUUUUCCAACUAACAUUCUUUUUUUAAUUAAAAGACAUACAUUUUCAUGAGCUGCAGCUGAUGAAGUCAAGAAAUUUUUUAAAAAUAAAAUGUGUUCGCUGGAAAAGGUGCUUACCAGACCCCUGAUUUUUUGUGCAAAUUAACAUAACCCAGGCCAUAAGGACUGAGGAACUGGCCAGAUGCUCUAGCAAACAAGACUUCUUUGGCAGUUUUUGGAGUUCCCAUUUUUCUUGAGGCAAAGCCCACAGCUGCCAAACUAGGCUUGAGUUCACAGCAGAUGGGCUUGCCUGAAAUAGUGACCUUCAGAGAGGUGUGGUACAGUCCGAUGCAUAGCGUAUGGGAUACAGUGGUACCUCGGGUCACGAACGCUUCUGUUCACAACCAAUUCGGGUCACGAACAGCACCGUUCGCAAAAUUUUGCUUCCGUU